AUGGUCAUCUCUCGCAUCGACCUCUAUGCCUGGGUGAAUCGAUCAUCUCGCUUCCCUCUGAGGAUGUCGACGACUUCUCUUCAUCAGUUCGCUAGUUCCUUCUCUCAUUUUCCUUCGGGUGCUCCGUCGUCUGGCAUGACACAAUCCCAGACGGUCGGGCUGGAUACGCUCGCAGAAGGUUCCCAAUACGCGCUGGAGCAGCUGCAGCUGUCGCGAGAGUCGGGUGGCGCCAGCGCUGGCAAUGAUGCCCCCCUUAGGGGUUCGAUUUCCAAGUCCGACGACCAGCCGCUCUACGGCGACGGGGACAGCAGCGAGUCUAACAAUAAUCCUAAUCUAAACAACAAUCCCGCCCACAAUAAUAAUACCUUCUCGGGAUUUAGGGGUCUGUCACACCGGGACCCGCUAGCAGACGCGCGCUCUGCGAUUCGGAAGAACUCGGCCUCGGCUCCCGUUCGAAGGAGAAUCAGUCGCGCGUGCGACCAAUGUAACCAGCUGCGGACCAAAUGCGACGGGCAGAACCCGUGCGCUCAUUGCAUUGUCCCUCGUUUUAGCGCUGACAGCAGUGGUGGAAUAGAAUUUGGGUUGACUUGUGAAUAUGCUCGCGAGCGGAAGAAACGUGGGAAAGCUUCCAAGAAGGACCUUGCGGCCGCUGCUGCCACCGUCGGUGGUACGGCAUCUUUGGCAAGCCACCAUGCCGGUCAGGAUGGUGCUUCUUUGGCCAAAGGCCACUCUCCCCCGGAUGGCCGAUCAUCGCAAGACGUCAAUGGAAGAUACGACCCGACUUUCGAUGCCGCCCGUAGUCUUACAAGGCCCACGCAGACGCAGCUGCAGCAUGCCUCGGAGGUCCCAGGUAUAGUGGGAAUGCAGAAUCCGUCGCAGGGGUCGUCCCAUUCCCAAGCGCCCCUAGGGGCCUCCAUCGAUGCGCUGCAGCUGAACCACUUCAAUGUCCUGAAUGAGUCUAACCGCCCGCCGUUGUCCGUUCCCGAUCUUCGCUCGUUGCAGAUAUUGCAUCACUCUGGCGCCAACCCUCGUUCGCCAUCGUCCGUCAUGCCCUCCCAGGGCCUGGCUUCUGGUUAUAACGAUGGCGCAUACCCUCUCAUGAACCCACAGGAUUCGAAUACUGCCUCAAUCAAUCAAUUCCGACUGGGUAGCUCUGCGGAGAACCCGGCCCCGUUUCUAGGUCUGUCGCCUCCUGCGCAGUCACCGGGCUGGCUACCGCUCCCUUCGCCAUCUCCCGCGAACUUUCAUUCCUUCAGUAUGCCGCCGUUUGGCAGCACUUUGCGAUACCCAGUUUUACAACCAGUUUUGUCUCAUAUUGCGUCCAUUAUUCCCCAGUCGUUGGCCUGCGACCUCCUCGACGUCUACUUCACCAGCUUCUCGCCAUCUCACCUAUCCCCGCAAUCUCCCCCCGGUCUUUUGGCAAGCAUGCUCUGGGUUGCGGCCCAGACGAGCGACGCGGCCUUCUUAACCUCCCCACCGUCUGCUCGGGGGAGGGUGUGCCAAAAGCUCCUAGAACUUACCAUUGGAUUGCUCCGCCCUUUGAUUCAUGGUCCCGCCCCCGGGGAAACCUCACCCAACUACGCUGCCAACAUGGUGAUCAACGGUGUAGCUCUCGGAGGAUUCGGCGUCUCCAUGGACCAAUUGGGCGCGCAAAGCAGUGCCACGGGGGCUGUAGAUGACGUCGCGACGUAUGUCCACCUGGCGACCGUGGUUUCUGCCAGUGAAUAUAAGGCAGCUAGCAUGCGUUGGUGGACCGCCGCGUGGUCUCUCGCUCGGGAAUUGAAGCUGGGCCGUGAGCUGCCGCCAAAUGCCGCCCAAUCGCGGCCAGAUGGGGAGCGUGAGGGCGAGGCGGACGGUGAUUUAUCCAAACGAAACAAUCUCCCCCCUCUCAUUACUUCCGUGGGAAAUGGCUCCGGGAGUGCAGCUUUGAACGUUACCGAGGAGGAACGGGAGGAACGCCGGCGGCUCUGGUGGUUGCUUUAUGCGACGGAUCGCCACCUGGCGCUCUGCUAUAACCGCCCGUUGACGUUGCUUGAUAAAGAAUGCGAGGGGCUUUUGCAGCCGAUGAACGACGAUUUAUGGCAGGCGAGCGAUUUUGCUGCAGCCAGCUAUCGCCAGGUAGGCCCACCUAUAGAAUGCACCGGCCACAGUGUGUUCGGGUAUUUCUUACCUCUGAUGACCAUUCUCGGGGAAAUUAUCGACUUGAAGCAAGCGAGAGACCAUCCCCGGUUUCGCCUUGCUUUUCGGACGAGCCCCGAGUGGGAUAAUCAAGUGUUGGAGAUUACCCGCCAGCUAGAUACGUAUGGACAGAGCCUCAAAGAGUUCGAGGCCCGCUACACCAGUAGCUUGUCCCUUGGCGCAGGAGAAAACGAAGCCGUCGUUGAAGGGUCGCAUCUGGACCACGUGAGUCCUUCAGGCCGGUCAAGCAGCACGGUCGGAUCGCGCGUGAACGAAUCCAUCGUGCACACGAAGAUGGUGGUUGCAUACGGAACUCAUAUCAUGCACGUUCUCCAUAUUCUCUUAGCGGGCAAAUGGGACCCGAUCAAUCUACUCGAGGAUCAUGACCUCUGGAUAUCGUCCGAAUCGUUCAUCUCGGCGAUGAGCCACGCUGUUGGUGCUGCCGAGGCGGCAGCAGACAUCCUCGAAUAUGACCCCGACCUCAGCUUCAUGCCCUUCUUCUUUGGCAUCUACCUUCUACAAGGUAGUUUCUUAUUGCUUCUCGCUGCGGACAAGCUGCAAGGCGACGCGAGUCCUAGCGUUGUUCGCGCCUGUGAGACGAUUGUUCGUGCGCACGAAGCUUGCGUUGUGACGCUGAACACUGAAUAUCAGAGAACAUUCCGGAAAGUCAUGCGGUCAGCUCUCGCGCAGGUUCGCGGGCGCAUGCCCGAGGACUUUGGUGAACAGCAACAGCGCAGGCGGGAGGUGUUGGCUCUCUACCGCUGGACAGGGGAUGGCAGCGGCCUUGCCUUGUAA